AUGGGUACAAGUGCAGCCACACCGGAUGUGGUCAGAGGAUUGUUGGCUGCAGUUCGCGAUAAAGAAUACUCUGUUAGAAAGUAUGCAAUUGAAGCCAUCGGGAAAAUGGAUGGAAACGCAGUCAUGCCUGAUGUGAUCAAUGGAUUGUUGGCUGCACUUCGCGAUAAGGAGGACUUUGUUAGUGCGAAUGCAGCUGAAGCUCUCGGCAAACUGAGAACAAAUGCAGUCACGCCUGAUGUGAUCAAUGGAUUGCUGGUUGCACAUGGCGAUGAACAUGAUGAUGUGAGAUUACGUGCAGCUCAAAUUCUGGGCAAAAUGGGUACAGAGGCAGUCACGCCUGAUGUGAUCAAAGUAUUGGUGGUUGCACUUGGCGAUCAAGAGCUUGUUGUCAGAUGUCGUGCAGAAGAAGCUCUGGGCAAAAUGGGUACAGAGGUAGUCACGCCUGAUGUGAUCAAUGGAUUGUUGGCUGUGCUUGACGAUGCGAUUAAUGGUGCGGCGGUCUAUUCAGCUGCGUCUAUGUUGUUUUCACGUUCUAUGUUGCAGCACUUGAGUGCUGAUGCGGCUUGUAGGCUUGUUGAGAUGAGGCUACUGAUUCCGCUGGAUUGUGUGAAACCAAUGGAACUUAUUCGCAUGUUCUUCCAAACGCAGAUAAAUGUUUGGCUUCCACUUAUUUUUUGGGCUGCCUUCAGAGAAGAUAGCGCUAUUACUGUCACUACACAGAGCAUCAGACAAUUUCAUAGUGAUAGAGUCGAGGAUUUAGACUUGUCGAAUACAGACGGUGAUAAAUUGCGUAUAGCAAUUUGUUUAGUCUUUGCUGAAGAAGCGAGGAGGCUUCGCUUGCCUUGCUUGCCUCAUGACUCUUAUGUAUCUGAAACGAACUUAUAG